AUGAUGACCUUCCAGUGUUAUGUUAGGACCAUUGUGCAUUGCUGCAAUACAAGUAAGUUUCAAGCAUUGCAAGUUCACUGUGCUGGUUCAGCUCAUGACUAUGUCAAUUGGCUACUAUUACAGCUUGGUGUAGUUUCUGACUUAUUGAAAAAAGGUAAAUUGUUGGUUGUUGAUUCAUGCAAUGGUCUUGGUAAUUCAAUGGCAAGUUUUGUGGUUUUAGUUCCAUGUUUUGUGGUACAACGAUCAAUUCAUCAUCGCAAAUAUACUAAUUCUUCUCUUUGUUGCAGCGAGAAAUCAGUUGUUAGUCACAGCAUCACAUGGCUUCAUCCUGUAGCUGCAAAACAAGUUCACAUUCAUGGAACCCUCGCUUCCUUCGCCGUUUCUGGAACUCCCGCUGAUUGCACUUCUCUCGGAAUUUCCAAAGCGCUCUUUCCUAUAAUUCCCGAUCUGGUAGUCAGUGGCAUUAAUAAGGGUAGCAACUGCGGCUAUCAUAUUGUUUAUUCAGGCACUGUAGCUGGAGCUCGAGAGGCCUUCUUCAAUGAUAUCCCUUCUAUCUCUAUUUCAUAUGAUUGGGUUGAAGGAAAGAGUAAUCCACAUGACUUUGCCCUAGCUGCAGGAGUUUGCAUUCCAAUCAUAAGCGCUCUACUGAUUGAGAUAAAGAAUCAAAGUUACCCUGGAAGAUGUUUUUUGAAUAUAGACGUGCCAAACAAUGUUGCGAACCAUAAGGUAUAUUGCAAUUAGUUUUGCAACUUAUAUGUUUAGUUUGUGAAUUAGAGUUAAAUGGUUCUUUUAAUUUAAUAUA